ACCACGCACGGACGUGCGCCAACGUGUUUUUAAGCCCUCACUUCUUGGCGGAGUGAGGCUGCAUUCCGCUCCACCCCUUAAAAAACAUCAUCACCACUGUACCUAAAUCAGGAAGCGCCGACCUGCGUCUCAUUUCGCUGGUUUUUCCUCCUCCUGACGCUCGCGGAGCGAGAAACCGACGGCGUGGAAGGGCGAUAUUGUUGAUGUUGUGGAGCAGCAGCGUCGAGGAAGACUGACAGUCGGGUACGUCCAGUGCGAGGCUUCGCUGUGGAUGCAGCUGACCAAGCCGGAGGAGAGGAGACGGUCUCUGUAGCAGCAUGGGCCAACAUCUUGGAAAGAGAGAGUCACCUACAGGGAGCAAGGCUCCAUCACCUGAGCCCAUAGAGGAGGCGAGAACAGCAGCAGGAGCAGAGUCGGAAUCACAAGACGAGGUCUUUGGAAUGGCCGAGACAGAUGCCAACCAGAACAAUGGCUGCAUCUCUGAGAAGCCGGCGGUGACUGACUCCACGGGCGCUGUGGGCCCCCGCUCCACCUGGAGCCCUGCCAGUACAGCUGACCCUGACGCCGCCACACCACGCCCCCACCUGGUCCGCCUCUUCUCCCGAGAUGCCCCGGGCCGAGAGGACAACACCUUCAAAGAGCGACCCUCCGAGUCGGACGAGCUGCAGACCAUCCAGGAGCACAGCGGAGCAGCUUCAGAGUGCGGGUCGGAGAGCCCAGAACAGGACCUAGAGUAG